AUGCUCACCUGCCGCGCCUGUACACGGCGGGCUCUGGCCUCCCUCCUGGAGGCUGCUUUGCCUGCAGAACCCCGAGCGACGUCGCUGCGCCCGCCUGUCUCGUGGACGUCUUCGCCUGCUCCAGCGAGGACAUAUGCCACGACUGCCACGACUGCCACGACUGCUGCCCCCGCGAAUGAAUCCAGCUUUCGAGACCUAGACCUCAAAGAUGGCCGGCCCAAAGUCCCUGGCAAGAAGCCGAAGCGCACAGUCUCCAAGUCCACAGAGUGGGCCGUAAAUAAGCAGCUCGAGUACAUCGACGAUCCCUAUCACAUUGCGAAAGAGGUCGAGAGGACACUGGCCCGGGAUCGCCUGGAAGAGGCCACCCUCCUCGUCCACAAGGCGAGCAAGACUGCUCAGGUCCCUGUCAGUUGGAACCAUCUUAUCGACUACCAGAUGCGGAAACACCGCCUGCAUGCCGCCAUCAAGCUCUACAACGACAUGAAGAAGCGCGGCCAGUUGCCCACCGCCCAGACAUACACCGUUAUAUUCCGGGGCUGCGCCGCCUCUCCCCAUUCCAAGCUCGCCGUCAGCGAGGCGCAACGCAUCUACAACAACAUGAUCGCCAGCGAGCGCAUCACUCCGAAUGUUGUCCACAUGAAUGCUGUACUGCACGUCUGCGCCCGAGCUCAAGACUUUGACACCAUGUUUACAGUGCUCAAGACGGCCGACAACAAGCUGCGCAGUCCGAACAACCUCACAUUCACCACCGUACUCAACGCUCUGCGUGCCAGCGUCAGCGGUUCCAAGGACCGGGACGCCACCGAGAAAGAUGUGGCACAGGCCAAGACCCAGACCGUACAGCGAGCCAAGACGAUAUGGGACGAUGUCAUGGCCAAGUGGCGCUCCGCCAGCAUGUUCGUGGAUGAAGAGCUCGUAUGCGCCAUGGGCAGAAUCCUUUUGCUGGGAAGUUACCACGAUAACAACGACAUCUUCUCCCUGAUCGAGCAGACCAUGAAUAUCCCAAAAGAGCCAGAGCAGCUUAGCAGUCUGGCGUGGAAAGGAGUCAAGGACGACAGCCCAUCCGCGCCUCCCCCCGAGGGCGAUAGCACGCCAUCCACGAAGGCUGUCUCUCGAAUUGACGCGAGGCCUUCCGGCAGUUCCAAAGCAUUCGCGCGACCCGGCAAAAACUCGCUUUCACUGGUUAUGACUGCCAUCCACAACACUGGGAAGGCUAAUUUGGCACGCCGCUACUGGAUCAUCUUCACCAAGAACCAUGGUGUCGUCCCCGAUGCAGAGAACUGGCGUGCCUUGUUUCGAGCCCUCUGCCGCGGCAAGAGUAGUACCAAGGCUGUUGAGUACCUGUCCGAGGUACCCAAGCAGAUGACAACCCCGAGUAUCUUUCAGUAUGCCAUGACUACUUGCCUGCGAGACAACCUCAACAGGUCCGCUUUCAACAACGCCACAGGCAUACUCGAGAUCAUGCUGACCUCGCUUCGUAUCCCGGACCUAUACGUCUUGCGCACCUACCUGCGCGUUGCUUAUGCCAACAAGCGCUUCUUCGAGGAGACCGCCCAAAAGGACCCUGAAAAGGCCAAGUUGAUGUGGGGACGUCAGAUGUGCACCGCUCUCGAGAAUCUGUGGGAGCCUUACCAGAUCGUCGCCAAGCAGUUCUCCCUCCGCAAACUAGAUUCUCUCGCGGAUAGAAAUGUCGUGGACGACGCAGACCGCGUGGCCUGGGAAAAAGAAAAGGCACAGAUCGCGGACCUGGCCGCUCUGGCGAGGAAGAUGAUCGCAGCGCACGAUCGCAUCAUAUUUGACAACAUGGCCCCUGUUGAUGUCGCCAAGAGGAUCGCUCCUAGGAGGAACCUCUUGAAUCGGUUUGUGGUGAGAUACUUUGAAGAUCGGGCGAAGUUUGAGCCGUCCUUCAAUCGCAAGACCGAGGAGGACAGUAUGGCGUUGGAGACGGAAUCAUUUUCAUCAUAG